AUGGUGAAAGACAAGGAUGGCAUUUGCGCGGCCUCCGUUUUCGUAGAUAUGGCCAAGGACCUGCGUGAGGCUGGGCGGAGUUGCCAGCAGCAUCUUCAGCAGCUGUACAUCGACUACGGUAACUUCCUGUCCAUGAACAGCUACGUCAAGUCGCCGGAUUCGGCGCUGACGAGGCGCAUCUUCGCUGCCCAGCGCCCAGAGGGCAAGUACUUCCAGAAGGCGACUCAAGCAAAGAGAGGGCUGUAG